AUGUCCAACAGUCUGAGAAGAAUCGCACUUGCAGAGGCAGCGAUUCAAAACGAAUUACAAGAUGUCUCGGAGCAGCUCAAGAAGCAGGCAGAAUGCAUGUCUUCCGUGACGCCCGAAGCUCUUUUCAGUCAAACUCUUAAGCGUGAUUCUGAGGAUGAGCGGUUCGACGAACUGAAGCAGGCCUUCGAGGAGAGACUCGAAUUCCUCGUGCUAACGAUCUGCAAGCGAGAAAGGGAGGUCUCUGGCCACGUUGCGGAGCGCGGACGAGAGACGGAGAAGCUCCGCGAGGACGUGGACAGGCAGAAGACCGACCUAGAAGCGUUGGAUGCCCGUACGAAGUCGGACCUAGAAGCAUCCAUCAAAGAAGUCAAGGACCGGUUGGACCGGCACGAGAACGACACGGAAGGCCUCGCAGGCCUCGUCCAACUGCGGACCAAGGUGGAUGGCUUUGCUGAGGAAUUGACGAAAAUCCUCGCCAAGAUGGAGGACCACGGGAAGACGGUGGCUUCUUCGAAGUCCCGCACUGACAAGUGUGAGGAAACGUUGCGCGACAUUGAAAGGAAAUGUGAUGAUGCCGCAUCCACAGUCAAGACCAACCAGGACACUUUGCAGAAUGUCGAGCAAACCUGCGUGGAUGUGCGGGAACGUCAGCAGGUGGUGGAAGACCAGGUGGUAAAGAAGUACGACUCGCUUUGGCAGGAUGUGCUGAAAGAAAUGGAGAAGCUGAAGGUGAACCAGGAACAGCUGAUGAUGGAGGUGCGUUGA